AUGGCCGAAACUCAGUCCCCCAAAGUUGUCAAUGUCGGUACUCGCAAGUCGCCUCUGGCGCUUGCUCAAACUCAAAUCGUCGUCGACUCUUUGAAAGAGAAAUUCCCCGAUUAUGAAUUCCCUAUUCACAGCAUGACAACCACCGGCGAUCGCGACCAGAACACAGCGCUCUACAACUUUGGUGGCAAGGGUCUGUGGACAUCCCAGCUCGAGGAGAGACUCGUCAACAAGGAACUCGACAUUGUCGUUCAUUCGCUCAAGGACAUGCCGACUGUUCUCCCCGAAGGUUGCGUCCUCGGAUGUGUUACGUCCCGCGAGGACCCGAGAGAUACACUGGUGAUCAAGAAGGAAUUGCAGGACAAGCACGGUUGGAAGACCUUGGCUGAUCUGCCGGCCGGAAGUGUUAUCGGUACAAGCAGUGUACGCCGCAUUGCGCAGCUGGUCCGACGAUACCCGACACUCAAAUUCAAGGACCACCGAGGAAACAUUCAGACUCGACUACGAAAGCUCGAGGAGGAUCCUGAUCUGACGGGUAUCAUCCUGGCAGCGGCAGGUCUUCAGCGAAUGGAUUUGGGACACCACAUUACACAAUUCCUCGAGUCGGAGAAUGGAGGUAUCCUUUACGCUGUUGGUCAGGGUGCGCUUGGAGUUGAAUGCCGAGGUGACGACACAAAGGUUCUCGAGUUCCUCAAGACAAUCCAGAACGAGCAAACAGCGUUGGCGUGCGAGGCAGAGCGAGCUCUCAUGAGAGCGCUCGAGGGUGGUUGCAGUGUUCCCAUUGGUGUCGAGACAAAGUGGAUUGACGACAAGUUACGUAUGAAGGCUACAGUUGUUUCUCUCCGAGGUGACGAGGGUGUCGACUGCGAAACGACAGAAGCGAUCAAGACACAAGAGGAGGCGGACAAGUUUGGAAGAAAGGUGGCCGAGACAUUGGUGGAACGAGGAGCGCAGAGGAUUCUGGAUGCCAUCAACGAGACUCGACAGGUGCCGGAGACAGUCAAGUAG